AUGAGGGCGGCCGGGCGGCGCCUGUCUCUGCUGCUGCUGCUGCUCCUGGGGGGAGUCGCCCUCCUGCUGGGCGGGGGCAGCGCCGGCUGGGCUCGUUUGCCGUCCAGCAGCGACGUGGCUCCUGGGACCCGAAGCGCCCUUGGGGGGCGGCAGCGGGGGCUCCCGGGGUCCGCCCGCCUCCGCACGGCCGCCCCACAGCCGGCCCCCUCCCGGCUCGGAAAAGUCCGACGAGAAGCGAGCAGUCAUGGGCAAGUGGGUGACCCAGAAGAGGGAGAGAAAAGCCCCUCUGAAGGUUGGGAAAAGCCGGGCGGGUGGCACAUGCCAGGCGGAGACUUGGAUGGCCCCCGGGCACCAGUGUCUCCACUCCCACCGGUGUCUCGCAGGCCAAGAGGCUCCUCCUCACAUUCCCUCCACUAUUUUGAGACGGCCAUCUGGGAGCCGGGCUGGAGGCUGCCCCAGUUCACCUCUUUGGCGUACGUGGAUGACCAGCUCAUUGGCCGCUACGACACAGACACUGACCAGUGCGUGCCUCAGUCGUCCUGGAUAGAGAAGAUCAGUCAUGAUGACUCCGACUUCUGGGCCAGGAGUACAAAUUGGGACUUUACUUCAAGUUUAGUCAUGGAUCUGAUGAUACUGAAGAACCUUUACAACCAGAGCAGAGGGAUUCACACCCUACAAGCGCUCUCUGGCUGCGAACUGAGCGAGGACAAUCAUACCACCAGAGGGUUUGCAAAGUAUGGCUACAAUGGAAGGGACUUCCUUAGCCUGGACAUGGAUACACUCACCUGGACGGUGAUGGACGCAAAGGCCAAGCCCAUCAAGAAGAAGUGGGAGGCCGAGCAGAACCAAGGGAAAUUCUGGGAGCAUUUCCUGACUGACACCUGUGUGGAGUGGCUGCAUACACACUUGCACUAUGGGAAGGAGACUCUACUGAAGGCCGACCCACCAAUGGUUCGCGUGACCCGCCAGGCAGGAUCAGAUGGCUGGGAGAUCCUCAUCUGCCGGGCCCACGGCUUCUACCCCAAGGAGGCUGACAUAACGUGGCGGAAAGAUGGGGAAGUCUGGCACCAGGACACCUUGCACGGGGGUGUCGUCCCCAACUCGGACGGGACCUACCACACCUGGCUUAGCAUCAACGUUGACUCCAAGGAGAGGGACCGCUUCCGGUGCCACGUGGAACACGAUGCUCUUCAGGAACCGCUAGACUUGGCCUGGGAGGUCCCUGAUUCCAAAGUGGGACUUAUUGUAGGAGUCCUCCUGGGGGUAGUGGCUGCCGUCAUCCUGGUGGGGGCUGGGGUCAUCGUCCACAGCAAAAAACAAGAAGACAGCUACAACGCAGCACCAACAAGUGACCAGAGGUCAGACAGCUCUGUCAGUGUGGGAUACCCAUUUCAGGACAGGGGUGCAAACAGAGGACCACUUGAGCAUCCUUUUAGCAUCCCUCAUGCCAGCCAGAGGAAAGAUGUUGCCUUGAUAGUGUCCAAUACUGACAUUUCCACAGAGCCCCCAAAGGUGAAACUGAUACGCAAGGUGGGCUACGAUGACCUAGAGACCCUCAUCUGCCGGCUCGAUGGCUUCUACCCCAAAGAGAUUGAUGUUACAUGGUGGAAGAAUGAGGAGGACCGGAAGCCGGACACCAUUACGGGGGGUGUCGUCCCCAAUUCAGACGGGACCUACCACACCUGGCUGAGCAUCAAGGUAGAGCCCAAGGAGAGGGAGUGCUAUCGAUGCCAUGUGGAACAUGAUGGCCUCCUGGAGCCCCUGGACUUGGCCUGGAAGGAGCCUGUUCCCUCCUCGGUGUCCAACUUGGGGUUGACAGAUGUGAGGGUCGCAGUUGCUACCAUCUUGCUGGGGGCCGAGAUCAUCUUCUGA